CGCGCGAGACGAAGUACACAGAUAUUAAAACUGAAUACACAACGAUAUUUGUCAAAAUGAAACAAAUGUUUCUUUCCUAAGUAGAUAUAGUGUACCUGACAAUCUUUAUUGAAGUCGUAUCUAAGGAAUUGUAUAUAUGUGUGGUAACUAUUAAACUUAAAUAUUUUGAUUCAUAAAGGUAUUGGAUUGAAAUAUCGACUGCCACUCAGUACAGCUGACUCAUCAAGUUUUACUGCGUCAAUACAUAGUGCUCUGUGGCGCAAAUCAAGCAACGGUCGGUAUAGUGUACAAGCACACGACAAACUACGUAAUAAGCAGUUUUCUACACAUUCAACUGGUGGUUAUAAACUGAAUUUCAGAGGGUUAAAGACAUAAUAUAGUUGGUAGAGUUACAGAACAAAUAUAUUGGAUUCUUUCAGUGAUUUUGGAUAUACAAAAAUGAGUAAAAAGAUUUUCCUGUCGCAGAUAAAGUCGGAGGGUAUUCACAUGCAACCCCCAAGCCACAAGUCUGUCUCCGAUGAAGAGCUGAUUGCAUUGUCUGUUAAAGAGCUAAAUCGCAUGCUCAAAGGUCUGACGCGCGAUGAAGUGAUCAAGUUGAAACAGCGUCGGAGAACUCUUAAAAAUCGUGGGUACGCGGCCAAUUGUAGGGAAAAGAGAAUAUCGCAAAAAGAGGUGUUGGAAGUGGAAAAAGAUGGUCUCAGAAGUGAAGUUGAACGUCUACAAAGGGAAAAUGACAUUGUAAGAAUGGAACUAAGUGCUUUGAAAAACAGAUAUGAUGCUCUUCAGAGAUUUGCAGAAGCAAACAAAAUACACGUUGUUACAGCUCAACCGUUGUAUCUCGGUAACUCUAUACGUCAUGACUCACCCCCAACACAGACAAUAUUGCCACAGGUCUCACAGCAAUCAUACAGCCACCACGGCUACCCAAAAUAUUCAGAAUCUAUGCAUCAUGAUUCUGUUAUUGUUAAAACGGAGCCGCGGCUGUAGCCAUUUCUUGCGUUUUGAAGAGGGACUACUACAAACUUCAUCAUAUUCCAUCCAUAGAUUUAUCAUUCUUAGUAUCCUACGUUCAAAGGACUCAUUCUACCAUAUGGGUAUGGUUUAUACCCAUUUCCCCCCAAGACAAGUUGCCAUUGGUGACGCAUGCGAUGUUCGCCAUAUUGGCAACAAAACAACGAAGUGUUCAUUUGAUAAUCAAACUUUGAAACAAAGCAUGACAUAGACCCAGUUUUUGCGCAUUCUGAUAAAAAGUGUACAAAAACUUGACGUGUUACAUCAGGAGAAAGAAAAAACUGGGCACUGGUGUCAUGUAUACUCAGUAUAAAAGUAUGCUCGGAACUGAACAAAUGUGCUACAUCUCUAAUUCUAAGACACAUGUGUUACAAACUUGUGUGAAAAAAAAUCUGCAAGAAUGUGCUAUAUAUAUCAUAUAAACUUGACAUGGAAGUUAUUGCAUUUUAAAAUACAUAUACUUCAUAAAAUCAUCUUAUCGCCUAAAAUCAUUUAAAAUCGUCACACAAUGCUCAUUGAUGAAUUCAUAGACGAACAUACUUUAUACCUCAAAACUUGUGCAUUUCUGUAGCAUCCCAUUAAAGUUUCAUCAUCGCCAUAGUACAUCAACACAUUUUAUGUUGACAACGAAACAGUGAUCUAGGUUAUUAAAAAGCAUUCGGUUGUGAUUAUUGCAAAGACAAGAUUGAAUCGGGACGUUGUCGGGGCAGUUGACUAUAUAAUUGCAGAUAAAACAACAAACAAUUAUUUUAAUAUUAAUGCACAUGAUUUUAUCUUUCAGUCUUACCUACAUGCCGUUUGUUUACCAACUACGAUGCAAAUUUCACGUUUAAAAUUCACUAUAGAUUUUUUUUACAUGAUUAAGAUAGCUAAACGAUCAGUCAUAAAUUACGACUUGACAGAUUGUGUGGUAUUAUUGCUAUAUACAACUAGUUUUAAGGGGAAAAAAAUCUUAACCGAAACAGCUUAAGGGAACAUUGGUGAAUAUCUUGUUUAAGUCUGAUUUAUAAACGUAAACACAUUUAUUUAUGUAACAGGUUGAUGGUCAGUCCUUGGAGUUAUAAAUAUCUUUAGUAUAGUAUUUAUUUCAAGGAUAAAUUGUUGACUUUUACCUGUUUCAUACAUUUAACAAAACAACUGAAAGAUUGUCAAAAUUCAGUCAUUUUUAAAAAAAAAUCAGGUUGAUAGGUUUAAUAACACCAAUGAUACUUAAAAUGAGAACAAGAAAUGUUUAGGUAACAUACUACACUAGCUUUAUUUAUUAAGAACAACAAAAUAGGUCAAAUUACACCAGUUUCAUUUAGUAAGAACAACAGGAUAUGUCAUAGGUCAAACUGCACUAGCUUCAUUUGGUAAGAACGACAGGAUAGGUCAAUUUAUACCUGCUUUAACAGGAUAUGUCAAACUAUACUACAUCAGUACAUGUAAGAACAACAGGAUAGGUCAAUUUAUACCUGCUUUAACAGGAUAUAUCAAACUAUACUACAUCAGUACAUGAAGCUUCAUUUGGUAAGAACAACAGGAUAGGUUAAUUUAUACCUGCUUCAUUAUAACAACAACAGAAUAGAUCAUUUUGUACCAGCAUUAAUAUUACAACAACAGGAUAGGUCAAACUACACCAGCUUUGUUUAACAAAGAAUAAGAUCAUAUGAUAACUAAUAGAAACUCCAAAGAUGGAAUUUUCCUGUUUUUUUUUUUUUUUUUUUUAAACUAAAUGUUUGUAAAUGCAUGCUCUUUUCCCUUUGGAUAUUGUUGAUUGUUUUGGUUGAUAUCUAUAUAGUACACAAGCACUGACUAAAUGUUUUCACAUGCUUUAAAUAUCCUAAUGUUUUAUUUUCAGUAUAUUUGACAUCAGCACUAUAUUUUCACAUCGGUGUUUUGAGACAAGUGACAGUUGUUGUUUUUAGUGCUAUUUUGAAUUUUGAUGAUUUGGUAUUGUGAUGACCUUGACCUAGGUAGAUGUGAAACAAUUUAAGUAUUAAGAUUUUUAUGGAAAGAUUUUUAAGAAUUUGGAGACCUGAAACAUAAAGUUUGAAGGAAUUGUACAUAAAUUUGAUUAUCAAGUUCCACACACUUUUGUAAAUCAGUUGUUCAAUAGUUUGUUGUUUUUGUUUACGGGUGCACUUUAAAAAAAAUUUGUUAGGUCCAUUUUGCUUGCUUCUUGUGAACUAAUGAUUGUCACAGUGAAUUAUUUCUAUGAAUUAUAUGAAUUAAUUGUUAUUCAAUCAUUGUCAUAGGCUAUGAAGUAAAAAUGCCCCCAAAGAAUGCUAUGACUUCAUAAUAAGUGUAUACAUGAUAUAUCAAUAAAAGAAUGUACAUGUAUGCAUCAAGUAUAUUGUUUAAGAUCAGGGGUUUGGUUAUGAAGAAUGUUUAAUAAUACGUGAUAUUCAAGGAAAUUGUUAUUACUAUUUACGAAACGCAGUACUUUGUACUGGUGUUAAAUAAGUGCUAUUUUUUCAUGUUUGACAUUGUUCUUUUCAGUUCUCAUUCCUAAGAUUUGCAGAAGACCUUGGUGAGAAUUUUGCUGUUUUUGUGGCUUAAAUUUUACGUUUUUAAUUAAAAAAGACAGUUUCAGCAGCCAUGUUUGUUGACUUACUAUAGUCCGAGUAGAAUUUGGCAUCGAGUCAUAAAGUUACAUUCAUACAAUUUAAAUGACAAUCAAAAUUUGCUGAAAGUACAUGUUGUUUAGGACUUAAUAAAGUUUUGUGUUUUGUAUUAAAGAAUUCUCUUUUUUUUUAAGAAUGAGGCUUAUUAAAGUUUAAUAGGAAAUCAGCAACAUUUCAACCAAGGUCUAAUUUCCAGUAUGUUGAUGUACAAUUGUUUUAUUUUGUGAUUAAUAUAGUUAAAUUCAGUGUACAUUUUUGACAUUCCAUCUGUAUGUGAUAUGUAAAUAUUACACUCAUGCCGUUCUUUAAAUAGCGCAUUUAUCUUUGUUUUUUUUUUAUUUGUUGUUGUUUUUUCUUUCCAAAAGAACAAUAGACUGUUCUUUUAUCACUGACAUACUUUUAAUUUUCUUAGGAUUAUCCAUGGUAUAAAGAAUUCAACACAUACAAAUUCAUGUUUGAAAUAUACAAAUGAUCUUUAAGUUUGCAAAUCACUAAAAAAAAAACUUUUUUCGUACAUAUUUUAUUUUUGUGUGGAUCAUUUAAUUUUAUUUUUGUGUGGAUCGUUUAAUUAAUAGCCUCAAGGGAUAUGUUAUGUCACAAUCACAAGAUGGAAAUCCCCUUAAAUUUGUGACAAAUUUAGGAUAAUUUCAAGCUUUUUUUUUUCUUUUCCAUCUUCCUUAAAGCUAAAUUAGAUUUUUAAUUUUUUCACUGUUUUUCCUGGAAAGAUUGUUAAGAUACCAAAAAACAAUUUUUUUUUACAAAUUACGCUGUGAAAUGUCAUUUAUAACUUGUAUGUAUCAUUAACACACUGCAAUUGAGUCAUCAUCCAUCGUGCAUAUUUAUUCAUCGAUCGUUGGAGAUAUAUUUUUGAUGCGUCGUCGAACAGGGUUGUGCUUUUUGCAACCUUGUUAACUAUGUGUAAGGUUUUUAUUUAUACAUAAAAUGUGGGUGCUAAAUCAAAAGGCUCAUUCUUUGCGUAAAGAACAUGUAGUUUGAUUCAUUUUUUGCGUUUAAUUAAAACAUGUUUGACUUUAUGCUUAAAACAGAUUUUUUUUCUCCCAAUCAUUUAUUAAAAAGUAUUGUUUUCUGAUUCAUCACACUUUGGCAGAAUGAAUUCCCUUCAUUAGAUUUUUUCAAGAAUUUCAGAAUACACAUAUAUUUAACCUAUGAUGUAAGUGCGAAAAAUAGACAAGAAAAAUAAACUUUUUCUAAGCAAUGAGUUUCACAAUUGAAUAGGAAGGUUAAAAAUACUGUUCUGUGAAAUAAUUUCCUAAUUAUAGACAGAGUUAUUUAAGAUUAAUUUUCUUUUUAAAGAGAUAAAGAUUCUAUCUUUAAACAGCUGAGUCGCCAAAAGCGGAUAAAUUAUUCAUCAUAUCUAGUUAGAUAUCAAAUUAUAGAGAAGUUUACUUUGAAGUUAGAUACACGUAAGAAGUUUCUAUUUUCGAGAAAUGAUUUUAUAUGAAAAAGUGCUUGUUAAAAUUGCUUAAGUUACAAAUCUUACAGUCUUAUUAAGGAAAAUAUGUAUGAUAAUGAUUAAUAAAGCUGUUUAUUUAAUUAAUAUCCUUUAUGGUUUUCUAUUUUCUGAAUUCUUUGAAUAUUGUCUUGAUUGAAAGAAGUGCUUUUAAUAUUGUUGUUAAAACGGUGUGUAUACAGAUUUUUGUUAGGGAAAUUUGUUUAAAUAUCUUCAAAACAUUUUAAAGGCUUGUUGCCAUUACCUUGGGUGAAGCUUAAUUUAUCUCUUGUCAAAAAUUUAUCAUUGUUUUGAAUUUUUUUUUAUUAUUAUUUUUUAUUUUAUGAGCUAUAAAGAUUUAUCUGUUUUUGUCUGUUCAUAUGUUUGUGUUAAUCAUUGUAAAAGUUAUUCAUGUUCCUGUAUUUUUGAGAUGAUGUUGUGACCAGUUUGAUAUUGUAUCGAACAAUACAUUGAUGAAAAUGAAAUAAAAUAUGUGAAUGCAAUAUAA